AUGCCCGCUGCUGAACGCUCCGUGCUGCCGCUGCCGCUGCUGCUCUUUCUGCCGUCGCUGCUCCUGAUUUCCUGCCUGGAUGAGGCGGUGGGAGCAGCGGAGGAGGGCGGCGGCCUGCCCUCCUCCUCACCCGGGGACAAUGGCCUCACCGUCGCAGUCGUCGGAGAGCAGUCCGCCACCGAACCCACCGCCCCGGGUAGGUUUCCCAGCACCACCGCGGUGAUAGAAGAGCCUGAGUUUGCCCUGAGGGUCCUGGUGAGGGACCUGGUGACCCGCCAGGCGCUGCCGGGGGCUUCAGUGGACGUUUACCUAAACCACACCCUGAGGAGCUCCGUCCGAACGGGGGAGAGGGGGGAGGUUCUGCUGUGGGUGGCGUACAGCCCAGGCCUCAGCCUUACUCUGCUGGGCAACAUGGAGGGCUACGUCCCCAGCCCCCUGCCCUGGAGCUCCACCAAGAGACCCAUCUUCUCUGCGGUGACGUUGCUGCUGCUCCCUCACAGUCAGGGGAACAUCUGGCUGUACCCAGACUCCGUCCUCAUCACCGGGAAGUUACCUGACAGCUCAUCCCAACCCAAGGUCCAGUUCCCGAAGAGCCUCCUCACCAAGUCCGAUAACAGCAACGUCUCCUCGGUGACGGCGUACCUCACUGUUCCACAGCACCACCUAGCCAAAGACUGUGCCAACUGCACCCCCGGCCUCAUCAGCCAGAAAUCACUGUUGAGAGGCAUCGAGCUGAAGGCGGUGGCAGCGGUGGAUAUCCUGCUGUACUCUGAAGGUGAGGAGCUCCAGGUUCGAGGGCCCAUUCACAUCAGCCUCCCCCUGGGACACAGCACCCGCCUGAGGGCCUCUGACACCGUGCCAGCCUGGGCCUUCAAUGUAAAGACAGGUGCCUGGGAGAAUCAGGGUCUGGGAAUAGUGAAAGCAGAAGGUAACGAGCUGGUUUGGACCUACACUGCUUCCCAUCUGGGAUACUGGAUCGCCGCCCCGAUUCCCUCAUCACACGGUUACCUGUGGCAUGGAAGCUCCUUUGAUUUCACAUCGUACCACGCCUACCUGAUGAUGGGAAUUAUGGGAGCGUCGCUGGCUCUGGUCAUCGGGUGUCUCUCCUUGUUGCUAUGUCACUGCGGGCGAGGUUCUUAUCGAGAGCCUAGGAGGAGAGCACGCUUUUCCAAACUCACAGUGGUGAAGAAAGACCAAACCACCUCCACCCACAUGGAGGAGGGUUUGCUGUUCCGUUCUGGCGACAACAGCCUGGCUUCCUGCAGUGUCCAGUGCGACCCCUCCCUCACACCGAGGCAUAAAGCCAACUACAACAUCUAUGUGGAGGAUCCAGGGGGCCGCCCGGGGGCCGCCCUGUACGAGAACAUCGCUCUGGAUCGGAUCAAAGGCUCCCAGCAGCCCUCUCACUACAUCAACAGUGACGAGGUGGCACGGAUUCGGGAGAAGUCGGAGCAGAACCGUUCCAACAUGAACUCUACAAACUUCUUUCAAGAUAAGCUGCUCCACAUGGCUAUCAUCCAGGCUCCGGAAAACUGCAAGUCGGCCACUUUCCCCCGCAACGACGCUCACUCAGAUCCUGAUAAAGACAACUACACCCAGACACUCCCCAAAGGUGGAAGCAGCCCCCAGCAGAGCAGCCAAGAUGACCCCCAGCCUCUGGAGACCCCUCCUCCAGGCGCUAUGUGGGGCCGCUACAAUAACCCGCUGGAGUCCUCCGUCUCCGUGCCUGGGACUCUGAACGAGGCGGCGGGUAUGGGGGGGCACGGGGGUCCCAGCGAGCUGCAGGGGAUUUCCGAGCGCACUUUGCUGGAGCUGACCCGGGGGAAGUCUCAAUCCCGCGCCUGGUUUGUCUCCUUGGAGGGGAAACCGGCCGCCACGGUGCGCCACUCCAUCAUCGAGCUACAGGGCCGCCACCGCCCCCACAGCAGCAACGACACCAGCCUGGACUCGGGGGUGGACAUGAACGAGCACAAUGUCCGCGAGAUGGAGCGCGACAGGAGAUCCAUCCGGGCCUCCUCCCUGCCCUACCGCAGCCGGGGGGGGCGUUACAGCGAAGAGCAGGACCUGAGCAGCAGCGAGAGCGGGACCACCGCCACCUGCACCCCCGAGGACCCCUACCUCAGGAACAUUUUAGACGGGAGCAGCGGGGCCAUUCCGAAUAUCCCCGAGGAGCGAGACGGGAUGGAUACGUCCAGCGCUCAGGAGGACAGCGAGUCCAGAGGGACGCCCCCCCCACGCCGCCUGAGGAAGGUGAGGGAGAAGGGGAAGACGGAAAAGAGGAGCGCCAAGCACGUCCGCGAGGGGAGACCCCUGACCAAGAGAAGUUAGAGCAUGGCAAACAUUACGCUUUUUUUUUUUCAUCAAUGCUUAAUUUAAAGGUCACCUAUUAUUCAAAAUCCAC